CUCCAACAUCAACUUGAGUAUGAAGGACAAGUAGGACAAGGAGAAGGACAAAGUAGAACUAGAACCCAACUACUUCCUCGUCACCAGGAGAACAACGACAUUACACCACUAUCAAUGAGUCCACCUUCUAUAAUUGUUCACGACGUCCAAGACCUCCUCC